GUUUCAGGAAUUAAAAAGAACUCGACUACAAAUUACCAGAGCCCAGCAGAGAGUAUGAAUGCCAGUGCAAACGUGCAGACUUAUGGGGAAAACUCUCCAGAUGCCAUUAGUACCAAUUCAGAGGGUGCUCAAGAAGCCCAUGACGACCUGAUGUCAGUUGUGGUGUUUAAAAUUACCGGUGUGAAUGGGGAAAUUGACAUUCGAGGAGAAGAUACAGAGAUAUGUCUUCAGGUGAACCAGGUGACACCAAAUCAGCUAGGUAAUAUCAGUCUUCGCCACUACCUUUGCAAUCGUCCCAUAG